AUGGAAGGACGUUUGGAACAUGCGGCCCUCGCCGUGCAGGAAGUCUUACACGGGCUCCGUAGACGUCGGGAACUGGAGUCUCAGGCCCGCGCGGCGCUGGAUGCUGACAGCAGGUGGUGGCAAGAAGGCAACCACCCCAACCUCAUCACCGUCUUGACCUCAGCGCAGUACAAGGCUGCCCUCUCCUCGGCCGCCUCAGGCCAGCUGGUGCUCAUCAACUACUUUGCCCCCCACUGCAACGGGUGUCGAAGACUGUACCCCAAAUUCCAGCAGAUGGUGACCUGCAACCCCGGCGUCCUGUUCAUCAAGGUGAAUGUGGACAGCGAGGAGAUGAACGACACAUGCGAGGCUCUGGGCGUGAACCGCCUACCCUGGUUCCAGCUGGUCCGAGACGGCGUAGGCCUGGCCUCCUUCUCCGCCAACCUGACCACGAUCAGCCGGGUGCGGGCGCAGCUCAAGGCGCACUCCAGCACACCGGCUUCAGACGCCUCGCCGGCUCCACAGGAUCCCACAUUGGGCGUGGAGCUGACCGCAGCAGCCACCUGA